AUGCCGAGCAGCUCGGACACGGCGCUGGGGGGAGGCGGGGGCCUGAGCUGGGCGGAGAAGAAGUUGGAGGAACGCCGCAAGCGGAGGCGAUUCCUGUCCCCUCAGCAGCCGCCGCUGCUGUUGCCGCUCCUGCAGCCGCAGCUCCUGCAACCGCCGCCGCCCCCGCCGCCUCUGCUCUUCCUGGCUGCUCCCGGCACGGCCGCCGCCGCAGCCGCCGCCGCCGCGGCCUCCUCCUCUUGCUUCAGCCCGGGCCCCCCUCUGGAGGUCAAGCGGCUGGCGAGAGGCAAGAGGCGCGCAGGAGGGCGGCAGAAGCGGCGCCGCGGGCCCCGCGCCGGGCAGGAGGCGGAGAAGCGUCGGGUCUUCUCGCUGCCCCAGCCGCAGCAGGACGGCGGUGGCGGUGCUAGUAGCGGCGGGGGUGUGACCCCGCUGGUGGAAUACGAGGAUGUGAGCUCCCAGUCCGAGCAGGGGCUGCUGCUGGGGGGGGCCAGCGCGGCAACGGCGGCGACGGCUGCCGGGGGAACGGGGGGCAGCGGCGGGAGUCCGGCCUCCUCCUCCGGCACCCAGCGGCGCGGGGAGGGGUCGGAGCGCAGGCCCCGCCGGGACCGCCGCAGCAGCAGCGGCCGCAGCAAGGAGCGCCACCGCGAGCACCGGCGGCGGGACGGGCAGCGCGGCGGCAGCGAGGCCUCCAAGUCCCGCAGCCGCCACAGCCACAGCGGCGAGGAGCGGGCCGAGGCCGCUAAGAGCGGCAGCAGCAGCAGCAGCGGCGGCCGCCGGAAAAGCGCCUCGGCCACGUCUAGCAGCAGCAGUAGCCGCAAGGAUCGAGACCUGAAGGCUCACCGGAGCCGGACUAAGUCGUCCAAGGAGCCGCCUUCGGCCUACAAGGAGCCGCCCAAGGCCUACCGGGAGGACAAGAGCGAGCCCAAGGCCUACAGGCGGCGGCAGCGGUCCCUGAGCCCGCUGGGAGGCCGGGACGACAGCCCGGUGUCCCACAGGGCCUCGCAGAGCCUGAGAAGCCGCAAGUCCCCCAGCCCGGCAGGAGGUGGCAGCAGCCCGUACUCUCGGCGGCUGCCACGCUCCCCGAGCCCCUACAGCCGCCGCCGCUCCCCCAGCUACAGCCGCCACAGCUCCUACGAGCGGGGCGGCGACGUGUCCCCGAGCCCCUACAGCAGCAGCAGCUGGCGCCGCUCCCGGAGCCCCUACAGCCCGGUGAUCAGACGUUCUGCCAAAUCCCGAAGCAGAAGCCCAUAUUCCUCUAGGCAUUCAAGAUCUCGUAGCAGGCACAGGUUGUCUCGAUCCAGAAGCCGUCACUCUAGCAUUUCUCCUAGCACACUAACUCUGAAGAGUAGCCUGGCAGCCGAGUUGAACAAGAAUAAAAAAGCACGGGCUGCAGAGGCAGCAAGAGCUGCAGAAGCCGCGAAAGCUGCAGAAGCAGCUAAGGCUGCUGAGGCUGCUGCCAAAGCUGCCAAAGCCUCCAACACUUCUACACCUACGAAGGGGAGCACGGAGACGGGUGCUGGUGCAUCUCAAACAAACCAUGUGAAGGAUGUGAAGAAACUGAAAACAGAACACGCACCUUCUCCGUCAAGUGGUGGGACUUUAAAAAACGACAAGGCAAAAACAAAGCCACCUCUUCAGGUAACCAAGGUGGACAAUAAUUUGAUUGUAGAUAAAGCCGCCAAGAAAGCAGUUGUAGUUGGGAAGGAGAGUAAAUCUGCUGCUACAAAGGACGAACCAGUAUCUCUUAAAGAGAAAACCAAACCACUUACACCAAGUUUAGGAGCCAAGGAGAAGGAGCAACAUGUGGCUUUAGUGACCUCUACGUUACCACCAUUACCUUUGCCUCCCAUGCUGCCUGAAGAUAAAGAUGCCGAUAGCUUAAGAGGAAAUAUUUCAGUAAAAGCAGUUAAAAAAGAAGUAGAGAAGAAACUACGAUGUUUACUUGCUGAUUUACCACUGCCCCCUGAGCUACCAGGAGGAGAUGAUCUCUCAAAGAGUCCAGAAGAAAAGAAAACAACAACACAGUUACAUAGUAAAAGGAGGCCUAAAAUAUGUGGGCCUCGCUAUGGUGAAAUCAAAGAAAAAGAUAUUGACUGGGGAAAACGCUGCGUGGAUAAAUUUGAUAUCAUCGGAAUUAUUGGAGAAGGUACCUAUGGACAAGUUUACAAGGCCAGGGAUAAAGACACUGGAGAAAUGGUAGCCUUAAAGAAAGUACGUCUAGAUAAUGAAAAGGAAGGCUUUCCAAUUACAGCAAUUCGAGAAAUUAAAAUUCUCCGGCAGCUUACCCACCAGAGUAUUAUCAAUAUGAAGGAAAUAGUGACUGAUAAAGAAGAUGCUUUGGAUUUUAAGAAGGAUAAAGGUGCAUUUUAUCUGGUGUUUGAAUAUAUGGACCAUGAUCUGAUGGGACUACUGGAAUCAGGCUUGGUUCAUUUUAAUGAAAAUCACAUAAAGUCAUUUAUGAGACAGCUUAUGGAAGGCCUGGAUUAUUGUCAUAAGAAGAACUUUUUGCAUAGAGAUAUUAAAUGUUCAAAUAUUCUUCUAAAUAAUAGAGGGCAAAUAAAACUUGCAGAUUUUGGACUUGCUCGAUUGUAUAGCUCAGAAGAAAGUCGGCCAUAUACUAACAAGGUCAUCACUUUAUGGUACCGUCCACCUGAACUGCUGUUGGGAGAAGAAAGAUACACACCAGCCAUUGAUGUAUGGAGCUGUGGAUGUAUCCUCGGUGAACUCUUCACUAAAAAACCUAUAUUUCAAGCAAAUCAGGAACUUGCACAACUAGAAUUAAUAAGCCGUAUAUGUGGGAGUCCAUGUCCUGCAGUGUGGCCUGAUGUAAUCAAACUACCAUAUUUCAACACCAUGAAACCAAAGAAGCAAUAUCGUCGAAAGUUAAGAGAAGAAUUUGUUUUUAUUCCUGCAGCCGCGUUAGACUUAUUUGAUUACAUGCUCGCCUUGGAUCCUAGUAAGCGCUGCACUGCAGAACAGGCUCUUCAGUGCGAAUUCCUUCGGGACGUGGAGCCCUCAAAGAUGCCUCCACCAGAUCUUCCUUUAUGGCAAGAUUGUCAUGAGCUGUGGAGUAAAAAGCGAAGAAGACAGAAGCAGAUGGGCAUGACCGAUGAUGUUUCAACAAUUAAAGCCCCCAGAAAGGACUUGUCUCUUGGCUUAGAUGACAGCAGGACCAGCACACCGCAGGGCGUGCUGCCGUCUUCACAGCUGAAACCUCAGGGCAACUCGAACGUAGCGCCUGUAAAAACAGGCCCUGGACAGCAGUUAAACCACAGUGAAUUGGCAAUUCUACUAAACCUACUACAGUCUAAAACAAGUGUUAAUAUGGCUGAUUUUGUCCAAGUGUUGAACAUUAAGGUAAACUCUGAGACUCAACAGCAGCUAAAUAAAAUAAACCUUCCUGCUGGAAUUUUGGCAACAGGUGAAAAACAGACAGACCCAUCCACACCACAACAGGAGUCUUCGAAACCAUUGGGAGGAAUUCAGCCUUCUUCUCAGAGCGCGCAGCCUAAAGUGGAGACUGAUGCUGCCCAGGCGGCCGUGCAGAGCGCGUUCGCAGUUCUGCUGACUCAGUUAAUAAAGGCCCAGCAGUCCAAGCAGAAAGACGUGCUACUGGAAGAGAGGGAAAAUGGGUCGGGACAUGAAGCGUCAUUACAACUCAGGCCACCUCCAGAACCUAGCACUCCGGCAUCGGGGCAAGAUGACCUCAUUCAGCACCAAGAUAUGAGGAUGUUGGAGCUCACCCCAGAACCGGACCGGCCUCGUAUCCUCCCUCCUGAUCAGCGACCUCCUGAACCGCCUGAACCACCACCAGUGACUGAAGAAGAUCUGGAUUAUCGGACAGAAAACCAGCACGUACCCACCACCAGUUCUUCGUUAACUGACCCUCAUGCCGGAGUGAAAGCCGCCCUGUUACAGCUGCUCGCUCAGCAUCAGCCCCAGGAUGAUCCCAAAAGAGAAAGUGGUAUGGAUUACCAGGCAGGAGACACUUAUGUGCCCACAUCAGACUACAAGGACAAUUUUGGAUCCUCUUCUUUCUCUUCCGCUCCUUAUGUUAGCAAUGAUGGUCUGGGAAGUAGCUCUGCUCCUCCACCAUUGGAACGACGUAGCUUCAUUGGAAACUCAGAUAUUCAGUCUUUGGAUAACUACAGUACUUCUUCAUCUCAUUCUGGUGGUCCACCUCAGCCUUCUGCCUUUUCCGAGUCAUUUCCCAGUUCAGUAGCUGGAUACGGAGACAUUUACCUCAAUACUGGUCCCAUGUUGUUCAGUGGAGACAAGGACCAUAGAUUUGAAUAUAGCCAUGGCCCCAUUGCAGUCCUGGCGAACAGCAGUGACCCUCCCACAGGGCCAGAGAGUACUCAUCCUUUGCCAGCAAAGAUGCACAACUAUAACUAUGGUGGUAACUUACAGGAAAACCCGGGUGGCCCCGGCCUCAUGCAUGGACAGACCUGGACUUCUCCUGCCCAAGGACCUGGAUAUUCACAAGGAUACAGGGGACACAUUAGCACAUCAGCUGGCAGAGGUCGAGGCAGAGGGUUACCAUACUGA